AUGAAUUACUUAAUAGUCUUCUUUACCUUACUGGUAGCUAAGGGUAAAGACCUCGAAUGCCAUCUAUCCGUUUGCCCAGAUAUUAGAGUAAUUUUAAUUUAGAAAGGGAAUCACAAAUGCGAUCCUGGGUGCAUGACUUCAUACUGCAACUUUGACUCAAUGCUAAGCACUGAUGGAAAAAUUAACAAAGAAAAUUCAGAUUGCUAUGAGAUUUGUACAAAUUUUGACGGCUGCAACCCAGAAAAACUUGGAAAUGGAAUAUGUGACGAUUCUUGUAAUACGCAAAACUGCGGAUUUGAUUGAGGAGAUUGCACUUGUGCUCCAGGCUGUUUAGACUCGAUGCUAGGAGAUGGAAAUUGUGAUGAAGCUUGCGAUAACUGAGACUGUGACCUUGAUAAUCACGAUUGUGGGCUUUGCGAAGAUGGAUGCUUUCCAAUUAUGCUUGGAAAUGGAGUUUGCAACCCAGAAUGCAACAAUGAAGGUUGCUUAUAUGAUUACAAAGAUUGCCAAUGCGCAGAAAAUUGCUUAUGGACUGAUUAUGGAAGCUGCAAGCCCGAAUGCAUGGUAGCAAGCUGCAACUAUGACAAUAUGACUCAAUAUCCAAACAAUCAUUGCCAAAACACCUCUUUAGCUAUUUUUUCUUCUUAUCAACAGAUUAUACGUAACAAUUUUUCUUAUAUUGUGCAUCUAGAAGACUGCUAUGAAGCGUCAAACAACGAAUGCACUCUCGAAAAAGCUUUAGAUUUUGAAAAUUGUUAUCAAGAAUGUCACAUUCUUGAGUGUAACUAUGCAAAUGGAAACUGUGAUGACCCCUGAAGCACCCCUUGAUGCAAAGGCGUGAGUCUGGAUUCUGACUCCUCCCUCCGUGAGCGAGCAACAUAUAAAUUUUAUAUAAUUUUUGUUUUCUUCGAAAUCCGCUUCACAAAUAUUAAUUUAAUAUGUUUUAAAAGUAAUUUGUUUAAAAUUAAACAGAGAUUUCAUUAUACUAAUUAUAGCUCAUGCACCUUAAUAGAUCUCUAUACCCCAGCAGAAUACCGACCAGAAAAAAUAUGGUACAGGGCACCUUCCUUAUACAGUAUAAGUCUGAUUAGGUACCUUAAAACCAUAAACGGAGACUUUUCGUUUUCGUUUUUACUUUUCAAACAUGUUGACAAAUACAAAUUAAUUUUGGAAAUUAAAAUGGAUGGCCAAUAACGAUCUAAAUAAUUUCAGGGGCUAUAUCACUUAUACAUCAAAAUAUUUUUCAUAAAAAAUUUUUGUUCACGGAGGAUGGGGUUUGGGCAAAAAGGAAUUUUUCUAAUGGUUAUUCGCUCACAGAGGGGAGUGGGGUUUUUUUAUGCAUAUCUUGUAUGAGAAAAUGGGCUGAUUCAUUUUAUACUAAGACCUGAAUGAAUGGCAAAUGCGCCAUGUUUCCACAAGUAAAUAUCGUCCCAUCUGUUUUUCCAGACAAUACUUUUGCAGUCGUUCCUUUUAUUGAUACCUCUUCAGCGAAAAUUCCCCAUAUUUAUUUCGUAUGCCCUAUUGCAAAAUCAAACCCUAAUUCUGGAGAAGGAAACUACUACUCCCCCUUUAGAUCACUUUCCUUUGCUGCAAAUAGAAUUUUACAUAAAUAUUCAAUCGUUUAUUUAUUGGAAUGCGAUGGAUAUAAUUUAACAACCUCCUAUCCGAUGAUUUCAGCUGACUUUGUAGUAAUUUUUGACGAUUAUACUUUUGGUGGGAAAAACGUAAAGUUUACCCCAUUAAAUAAAUCAAAAAUAACUUUAAGAAGAGUUCUAGAUGAUAGAAAAAAAAAUAACUAUUCCCCUUUUAGAUUUUUAUUUAUAAAUCCUUUGAACAUCGAGAUAAAUAACAUAAUUUUCGAUUGAAGCAAUACUGUUUCAACGUGUACCAAUAAGAAUUAUUGUGAUUAUUGCCCUUAUUUGACAUAUGAUUCAAAAUUAAAUAUUUACUAUAGUGACCAAGGCGAAAUUAUUGAUCAUUUCCUUUCGUCAGACUGAUGCAAAAAAGAUGGAUCAGUGAAUUUUAUAGAACUUCGAAAUGCCAAUCUCAUACUUAAAAAUGUAUCUUUUGUAAACUUUCGGAGUGGCUUUAACUCUAUUUUAUAUAUAAAAACUGAUAGCAAUGUCACUUUUAGUGAUGUGACCUUUGAUAAUAUAAAAGUAUAUGAUAAUUAUAAUUCAUGAGUUAUAUGAUGGAAUGGGGCAAGUAAAGGAAAUUUUAAAUUUGAAAAUGGAGUGGUAAGUAGGCUUAAUAAUGGAUAUGAGCUAAAUGAUCCUAUAAAUACAAAGGGGUUUAUGAAUGCGACUAACAUUAACUCGAUCAUUUUAAGGAAUAUAGAAUUUAGAAAUAAUGCAGUAUUCAAAAACAAUAAUGAUGGCGUAAGAGUUGCCUCAUUAUUUUUCAUAAAUUCAUUACAAGUUCUUUGAGUAGAAUCUUGCACUUUUAUAUAUAAUUAUUGUGACUUAGGAAUAUUUAAUAUCAAACAGCAAUUGUACAAUUGGCCAAUGGAAAUUGAUGAUUCUGGGAUCUUUAUUCACUCGAAACAAAAUCACAUCCAUAUUUUCAACUCGAAUUUUUCAUCAAAUUAUGGAAUUACUGCUGGAGUUCUAUAUGCUUUAUAUGAGUUUGAAAGCCAGAAUGUUUUCAUUGAAAACUGCUCAUUUACUUUAAAUGGGAUUGAAAAUGGAGUUUUAAUACACAUUGAGAGCAAUUAUGCUGAUGAAAGCUAUUUAAUAGAUAGAAAAAUCAAUGUAUCUAUGCCUGAUAGUAGUAUCGUUGAAGGAGACUACUUAGCGAAAAGAGUAAAGCUUUCAAAUUUAAAUUUUACAAAAAACUACUCUGGAGAAAAUGGGGUAAUCGAAAUUUUAAAAAUGGUGAAUAUCGAAUGAGUUAAUAUCAGGAUAGAGUCAAAUGGAUUCAUUUUAUCGGAGGCGAUUAAUGUCAAUUCAAUCCUUUUAAAUUAUUAUAUAGAUAAUCCAAAAAUGUAUGCUAAACACAACAUCAGUAAUCCUAUUGAUUUGAACUGUCAGUCCCUUUCAAUGGUAUCAGAUUCUAUUCAUUUCAACAUUGAGAAAGUAAAUAUUAUUAAUAACGUUUGCAUGCACUCUUCUCCAAGUAUCAUUGUUUCUAAUACAACCAAGAGUACAAUAAAGUCCGCAUCUUUUUAUGAUAAUAAAGGAGCAGGAAGUUAUGGCAUUUGUUUAGCAUUUCUUGGAGACAUACUUUACGAAGUUAUGAAUUCUGAGUUUUAUACAAAUAUUAAUUACCAAUCAGGGAUUCCUGGAGCUAUUAGUUGUCUCUCAAACUUGUCAAUAAAAAAUUGCACAUUUUCGGAUAAUAUUGGUACUUUAUAUUUCGGAGGCCAAAAUCUCAGCAUUUUUUCUUCUAACUUUGAUUCUAAUAGUUCUCCUGCAUCAAAUGGUGGAGCUAUUUCUCUAAGAAUCACCCAAGACAGUAUAUAUAAUUCAAUGCUUUUUAUUUCAAACACAACUUUCUCAAAUAACUCUUGCUCUUUUAGUGGAGGUGCAAUUUAUAUUGAUAAAACCAUUUCUUUGAAUUUGUUAUUAGCAUUAAAAAUUGAAGACACAAAUUUUUAUCAUAGUCAAGCCAUCGAUGGUUCUUGUAUCUAUAUAGAAAAUAGCGUGGCACUUACUUUAGAUUCUUCAAUAAAGCAUUCCUCUUUUCAAGCAAAUGAAGCAAGCUUUUCAGGAACUAUUUCUGCCUCUUACAUACACGGAAUAUUAGUAUUUGACACAUGCAAUUUUGUUAGAAACACAGGAGUUUAUAGUUCAGGAUUUAAUAUAGCUAUAGGUGAAAAUAAUGAAGAAAACCCCUCAAAAUUAAUUCUACGUUCUUGUAUUUUCCAGUUUAAUUCUGGAAAUAGAACGUUUUCUAUGGAUAAUGGCAAUAUAAACUCUACCUUAGAGGUGAAUGAUUGCUUGUUUGAAUAUAAUGUUGGCUCGAUAUUUACACUUGAUAAUGACUAUGCAAUUGUUGAAAACUCGAAAAUUCAACACAAUUACUCUCCUAAUCCUGGUGGGGCUUUAAGUCUUAAAAACUUAGGAAUUUUUUUAUCUAAAGGUACGACUUAUUUAAAUUGUAGUAGUGAUAUGAAUGGUGGAGUUGCUUCCAUCAGCAUGAAAUCUCAAUUUUUUUGUUUUUCAUGUCUUUUUAGUUAUAAUUAUGCUAGUUUGUCAGGAGGUGUAAUUUAUGCCGACUCUGAUGCUCGGUUCGAUAUAGAUGAUUCCAUCAUUAGCAAAAACUCAUGCAAAGAUAAAGGAUCAGCCAUAUUUAUGGCCAGUUCUUUGGCUAAUUCGUCAAUAAAGAAUACAGAAAUAUUUAAAAAUCAUGCAAAUAGAGAUGGGACGAUAUUUAUUUUAUCGUCAUCAUUGUCUAUAUUUUCCUCAAAAGUUUAUAAAAAUAAAGCUGGUGAAAAAAAUCCAGGAUUAUAUAUUGACGAUUCAAUUGCUAUAAUAACUGAUACUCAUUUUUAUCAGCAAAGUGGAAAUGAAGGAUGCUUUAUUUAUAUGGGUACAAGCUACGUACAAAUUACUGGCUCAGCCUUUUAUGAAGGAUUUUCAAACAAUUCUGGAAUAGCGAUACAUGCAACCUCUAGUAGUGUAGAAAUUUCUUCUUCGGCAUUUUCUAAUUUAUUUUCUAAUAAUACAGGCGGAGCAAUAUAUUUAUAUGAAGGUAGCAGUAUUUCUAUUGAUGACUCAGAAUUUUUGGAUUCUGGCUCAUCAAUUGAUUCAUAUUCAAGCUCGAUUUUAAUAAAAAGCACUCUAUUUAAGAAUCAUUCAAAUACUGCUAUACAUGCAAACCAAAUUGAAAAGCUGCAAAUAUUAAGCUCAGAGUUUUUAGACAAUUAUGGAAGCAAUGGUGGAGCUGUAUACUGCGCUCAAUGUCAUAUUAUUUUAGUGACUUCUUCAACUUUUUCCAGUAACUAUGGAAGAAAUGGUGGAGCAAUUUACGUUACAAACUUAUCAGAUCAUCCUGAAACCUCCCAACUUAUUAUUGCUUCUUCAAAUUUUAAUUCAAAUGCAGCUAGCAAUGGCGGAGCAGUCUGAACGAACAAUAUUAAUAUAAUAGUUUCCUCAUCAAUUUUUAUAAAAAAUAGAGCUGAGUUAUUUCAAUCAAAGAACCUUAAAGAAAUAUCAGAUGGUCUAGGAGGUGCGAUAAAAAUAAGCUGUCAAGGCUCAAAUGUUAUUUGCAAUUUUAAUUUUUUAUCCAAUUCGUUUAUAAAUAAUAGCGCUACUUAUAAUGGCGGGGCCAUUAACUGAGACGAUUCAAAACCAACUAUUGAAAAUAAUAUUUUUGAAAAUAACAUAGCAUCAUAUGGCCCUGAUAUUGCAUCUUUUCCUAUAACGAUGAUUUUUCUAAGUAAUAAUUCAAGAAAUUUAGAAAGAAAAGUUGCUUCCGAAGAUAGUAGGCUAACAUUAAAUAAUAUUGCUUCAGGUCAGAAUAAUAAUCCUCCUUUGGCUUUUAUUUUAGUUGACGAUCUUAACCAAAUAGUUACAACAGAUACUACAAGUCAAGCGCAGAUAAAUGCAGCAAAUAGUGACACAAUUAUAUCUGGCACAACAAUGGUCUACGCAAAAAAUGGGAUUUAUUAUUUUGAUGACUAUAUAAUUUCAGCUGAGCCAGGCUCUUCUGUAUAUAUUGAUAUAGUUUCUUCAGCAAUAGAUACCCGAAAAAUGAAUACAUCAAGAGAGAGCCUCCAAAUGUCAUCGAGUUUUUCUAUAAAUGUGAAUUUGCGUUUAUGCAAAGUAGGAGAAGCUACUGUUGGCUUAAUUUGUGAAAUUUGUCCAAAAUUUUAUUAUAAUAUUGAUGUUAGAAUGCCUAAGUGUUUAGACUGCCCAUCCUCUGCGAUUUGUUAUGGAAAUUUUACAAUGGUUCCAAAAUCAGGAUAUUGAAGAGACAAUAAGUUCACAGACAAGUUUUGGAAGUGCCCUUAUCCUCCUGCCUGCUUAGGAUCUCCGAAUAUUUCAGAUCUGGCUUUAACUGGUGCUUGCAAAAAAGGAUAUGAAAAUAACAUGUGCCACUCGUGUGAAAAUGGCUACUCAAGGUUAUACACAGAUGAGUGCCAAGCUUGUCCUGAUACAGUGAGCAAUGUUUUUAGAUGAAUCGGAAUUUCUGCUUUUUUGAUUUUUAUCUUAGUGUUUAUUUUAAAAACAACAAGGGACUCAUGAUAUAAGCAAAAGUCUUUUUUUGCAGUUUAUCUAAAAGUCUUUUGGAAUUAUUUACAAAUCAUGCUAAUAUUAGCAACUUAUAACUUAAAUUGGCCAUACGAAGUAAUUGAAUUUUUUUACAUUCAGACUUCUAUCGACUAUAUAGGAGGACAGCUCUUUUCUUUUGAUUGCUUUUUACAAUUAUCGAAUUCUAAAAGCAAGAUUUAUUAUUUAAAAAUUUUGAUCACAAGCUUGACUCCUUUCGUUAUGGCAUUUUUAUGUAUGGCUAUAUGAAUUUUAAUUUAUAAAAUCAAAUCCAAACGAAUUACAGAAAUAAAAGAUGAUUAUAUUUCUACUUGCAUUGUAUUGCUAUUCUUAAUACAUCCAAGUAUAAUAAACACAAUGUUCAGCGCUUUUAGUUGCAGGGAAAUAAAUUCCGGAGAGCGUUGGCUUAAUGCAGACCUUGGAAUUCGAUGCUGAGAUGAGAAUCAUCUUUUUUAUGGUUUUAUACUUGCUCUGCCUACAAUAAUUAUAUGAUUUAUUGCAGUGCCUUUACUUGCUUUUAUAAAUUUAAUAAAAAAUAGGAAGCACUUAGAAGAAUUGUGGAUGAAAAAGAGAUAUUCAUUUCUAUGCAACGGCUAUAACUCAAAGCAUUAUUAUUGAGAAUUCUUGAUUUUAUUCUACAAAGUGAUAUUAAUCAGCUGCUCAGUAUUUUUGUCAAAUAUCUCGGCAAAUAUUCAAGCGCUUACAGCAGCAUUGUUUUUUGUGCUAUUUCUUUAUCUUCAUACAAAAAACGAGCCAUUUAGUGAAGCAUUUUUCAAUAAAACAGAAACGUUUUCUAGACUUGCAUCUCUAAUAUCAAUACUUAUUGGCCUUUGCUUUUUAACAAACGAUUUAGGCACUGCUGCAAAUUAUUUUUUAGUUGCCGUCUUUAUAAUUGCAAAUUUAUUAUUUAUAUUUUACAUCUUGAUAAACUUCUUGCUACAUUUUGCUAUUACAAAUAGAUUUAUGUCCAUAAUAAGAAGAAUUUUCAGUUCAAAGGAGGAAAAAUAUAUUAUCGGCAUUGCUCCUUGUGAUGAAAGUGGCCAAUCACAAAGCUACGAUGAUGAGAAAAAUCAUACAGGAAAACUUGCCAGCACUAUGGUUUAUUCUGGUCAUACAAAAAUUGAAAAUAUAAAGAUGUUUAGAGAAGAUUUAGGUAGUUCAAAUGAAAUUGACCCUUUUGCUUCAGAACAAAGCAUAUCCGCUUUUAAUUAA